ACAAAAUACACACACACACGAAUUGUAAGAGUUUCUUCUUCUUCAUCAUCUCCACUCCAUCAUCAACAAGGAAACAAUGAAAGCCAUUGAUCAAUUUCAAAGUCUCAACAUUUCGGGUAUGACUCAUGAUUUGAGAUUCAUCGUGUCGCAUGGAAGAAAUUUCUUUCACUUGGAUGAUGAAUGGAAAUGGAGAGGGGACAAAACCACUUCCAUUUUAGCAUCGAGAAGUAUUACCGUAGCAGAACUUGUGUUAUGGUUGAAAGACAAAUUUGGUAUCGUUGAAUCCUGCAAUGAAAUCAAAUUGAAGUUUAAAGUCCCAAACUUGAAUAUACCUUCGGCAGAGAUACGCGACGAUGAGGACUUACAAUGGUACAUAUCUGUUCAUAAGGAAACCGCACUCUGCGUCACUAUUUUGGAAAUCGAGUUCCCGAGUGUUGAUAUGGCAACGGAUGCAAACUGUGCAGGGAACUUGUUCGGCCCAACGGAAUGUCCGCAGAAUGUACAACAUAACGAGAUCAAUCAUCAGCACAAUGUGUCGUAGACCCAAGCACCCGAACCUCCAAUUGACCGUAUAGAGGUUGCAGCAUUCGAUGACCACUCAGACAACCCAUUACAUGGUAUAGAUGGUGAUGUUAUUGCUGAAAUUGACGAGACAAUGUUAUCAAAUUCUAGAACUUCGUGCAUAGAUGAGUGGAUUACAGCUGCAAAUACAUCCGUUCUCGUCGAGAAGCAAAUAUUAUUUAGCAAGAAACAGUUGUACUCGAAGCUUCAUGUACUUGCUUUGCAAGAGAAGUUCCAAUUUCAGGUAAGUAGGUCAAGCUUGAAAAUGUCAACAGUUGUCUGUGUGAUGAUAAUUGCAAGUGGAUACUACGUGCUUCUAUUGUCAAGCAAUUUGCAAUUUUCAUGAUCCGUAAAUUCAUUACAAUUCACACAUGUUCCCUUGAUUUUCGUCGUAACGCACAUCGGCAUGCCACUAGUUUUGUAAUUAUGGAGCACAUUUUGGGAAAAUUGGAUACUCCAUACCGAUCAUAUCAUCCUACUGAUAUUGUACGUGAUAUGGAACGUGAGUUUGGUGUGAAAAUCAGUUAUAGCAAAGCACGUAGGGGGAAGCUCCAUGCCUUAAAUAUGCUACAUGGUACGCCAGAGGACAGUUUUCAGAAAUUAUCUUCGUACUGUCACGUCGUAGGAGAGAGUAACCUGGGGACCAUAACCCACAUUGAAGUUGAUUCUCUUUAUAGGUUUCAUCACUUCUUCGUAGCUUUUAGUGCAAGCAUUCGUGGUUACAUGCAGUACUUGAGACCCGUUAUUUGUGUUAAUAGCAGUCACUUGAAGGGUCCAUACAAAGGUACACUCCUAGUGGCAACUGCCCAAGAUGGUAACAAACAGAUUUAUCCAUUAGCAUGGGGGAUCGUGGAUGCUGAAACCAAUAAAUCCUGGAAGUGGUUUAUGUCAAAUGAGCUGUUCCAACUUUUCGGGUCGAGGACUUCGAAUGACUCAUGGGACAGAUUCGUAGAGUGAGCGAAAGAGCGCACGGGUACUUAGAGUGAGCAGGUUAUUCAUUUUGGUCCAGAGCACUAUUUAUUGGACACCGUUACAACAUUAUGACAAACAACAACAAAUAGUUCUUGAACUCGAUGUUGAGAGAAGCCCGGUCGUUACCGAUAAGUGCUUGGUUGAACACAUUCGGAGUACUAUGCAGAAAUAGUUUUACGAACGUCGAACAAAUGCGGAAGAAUGCAGUACCUUAUUGACGCCGAUGAUGGAGAACGAGUUACAGACGACGUUCGAAAAUGGAACUAGGCUUCGAGCCCAUGUCCUAACAAACAACUUCACGUAGGUUGGAAUAUCCAACGACACGGACAUAGUUGACUUGUCCGAAGAUACCUGCACAUGUCGUGACUUCCAAGUAAAUCAUAUGCCAUGUGUUCAUGCAAGUCGUGCCGCUUGCUUUAGAGGGAAGUCUAUUUACGAGCUUUGCUUCCCUUAUUACACAUCGGAUACUGGAGGGGUGCUUACAACGAAGCUAUAUAUCCUGUUUCGAAGGAAGUGAAUUGGGUUGUUCCGAACUUAAUUACAUGUACUCCUAUUUUGUCACCACUCGUACGUCGUCCUCCAGGUAGACCACCAACCCGACGUAAGCGUUCUAGGUACGAGUCUGCAUGGUCUAACAGAAAAUGUACUCGUUGUGGUGGAGUUGGUCAUAACCCGUGUUCAAACCCCAAUGUAUCACAUGUUCCUUAGAGAUUUGUGGUCUAAUAGACGUUGUAUGUUCAUUAUUCCGUACUACAUCAAACAUUUUGAAGUUAUGUUUUAAAGUUUAUGAUAAUUACUGUUCUUGCAUGUUGCGCAGCCUUUUGUGCACAUGCAAAUUUCAGACUCUGUUCAGCACGUACUGAACAUCCCGCCCUGUUAAAAUGUCGGUCCUGACAGAUGUGUUACUUAUUCUCGACAAUUGACAGAACCUUGCACUGCACUGCACUCACGGUCUGCUUCACAGAUAUUGUAAACUGUACAUGUUGGGAACACAAAACAACAUAACGGAACCGGUUGGACACUGUACAUGUUUUUUUAUUUUCCAUCUAAAAAUGUAAUCUUCAAUCCCCAAGAUAUUUACUAUCAUUUGCAUCAUCGUAAAUCGUGGACUAAAGUUAGUGUAUGAUAAACACAAUUUCAUAACACCCGUUCAACAUACUGCAAAAUACAGAUCCAUUUACAAACAUAUGAUCCUUAAUGCCCGACAGUUAAUAUGUUGUUCCCGACAGAUAGUCUCAGUAAUUCUCGACAGUUGGAUCGGAACACACAAACUACACUACUCGAAUUACAUCUUAGGGACAUGUUUAUGUAGACUUUUUGGUUUUGUCUAACCAAAGUCAUCCCUACAAAAUACCUAACUAUACAAUACUUAUUCACUACAUUCUCUGGGUGUCACUUCAGUCGUCGUCGACAACAACUGAACCAUCUUCCCCGCUUCCUCACCUGACUCGUCCGACGAGAUGAUAAUUACCUCGUUUGGUGCCUCUUACGCCAUCCAGUCAUCGUCUUCCGAAUCCCCCUCGUAUCCGGCGUCGAGCUUGAAGACCUCAUCGAGCACACCGUUCGGUGAUUGCGCACCCUCGUUGGAAACAUCUUCUAAGUUGGGAAAAGGACCAGGGGAAAUGGUUCUCCUACCAAUACGAGGGCUAACUUCCUCAUCAUCUAAUGAAAUAUAGAUUGAAAAUAAUGGAGAUGAACCGAGAACUGGUAGUGGCUCGUUGAUGUUCAACGGUUCGGUGUUUUCUGUGGAAGAACUCAUUACGUGAACGUAUUUUAGUAUUGAUGGAACGAUAAGUGUCUGUGAGAAGUUGAAUGUCUCACAGUGCUUUUCAAGUAGCUUGUUUGUAAGUGAGAAUGAACCCCCACAGUAUUUAUAAGCUACUUGAAGGAGAAGCAAUUAUGGUUUUCAUCUACCCAGCCACCAAGUCCAAUCUCUUUGUAAAUUUGAAAAGCAAUUGAUGUGAUGGUUGAAUAAAUGAAGUGUACUUUUAUCCUCCAUUUUUCCAUACUUAGUACGAUCUUAAACACUCUUUAAUCAUGUCUACAAUUAAGGAAAUAUCCAUACCUGCAACAGAAAAUUCCUCAAUCAAACUGCUAGUUUUCAAUUGCCAUGCUUGUGAUGGUAUAGUUUCUCACACUUACGGGUCAUCAUCGCAACGCACAUGUAAGACGAAGAACGGGAAUUUUUUUUUACACAUUAACUGAUUUAUGAAUUACUUGUACCGUGGUUGUCAUGAUUUUGACACU